AUGGCAACGAAAAUGAAGCGUUUCCUGGCCCCUGGCCCAGGAACCGCAGGGGCUGCAGGAGAAGAGCCUGCGUAUUCUUUGAAUGACAAAAGCAGGAACAGUGGCGUUCCUAGGGGCGACGCUCCUAGACCUGUCAUGAAAACUACUGACCACAAGGGCGGCCUCCUUGACGUGGUGGAGGAUCAACCGCAGCAAACUGCAGCAUUGGCGCCAGUAGCAGCAGCCAAUUUGGCAGCAGGAGAAUUAACAGUGACAGCAGCACGGGAGGAGGCGGAAGCGACAGGUUUAGUGCGCAAUUUCACUGUUUCCCAGGAAAUGUACGGAUGGGGAGGCUUUUUCUCUCGCGAGGCUUUAAAACAAAGAUCGGACAAACCCAAGGAGACUACACAGGCAAUGAAAGACUCUCUUAAGCUAGGGGUGCGCCUGCUACCAUUUGGACUGCAGCCAUGCUUGGGGGUUCGCCAGGUCUGUGGGUCUCCUCGUCACUUUGCCCUUGUCAGCGACACGGGCCAAAUUUACAUCUUGGUAGAUCCGGUUUUUCCUUGGCAGGAGGCAUAUGGGGGUCGCUGGCACUUGUUGCCAGCCUCGCUGCAUCGCCCGUUUACUCAAGUGUCUAUCACGUCGGGACCACUUCCGUCUGACCCUCUGGCCUUUCUGAAUGGAUCCACAGCAACAACAGCCACGUCAUGCCGUCCCACGAAUUCUCAGAAUGUAGAUGGCGCGAUGCUGACGAAAGAAGAGGGGACGCAUCAGCACGAGCUGCAGCAGCAAGGUUGCAGUUGUUGCUGCAGCCUGCAGGACCCCGCAGGGUACUUUUCUUUGGGUGCCCUCGACGGAAUGGGCGGCCUUUGGCUGGGAUCAAGCACAGCGUGUUGUUGCACACGCGUCUUCACGGCCAUGCAGCAGCAUCGUCAGCACCAGCAGGUUAAUGGCAGCAACACACUGGACAUUGGGAAAGAGGAUUUCCAUUGGAAUACUGACGUGAUUGGGGGAGGUCGGUGCUUCUGCCACAUCGAUAUUGGGACCCUCGCUUCUGCCUAUGGGACCGGCGCUGUGGAUCGCAGCCGCUGCUGCAGUAGCAGCAGCAGCAACAAAGCCAGCAAGACAGGCCAGCAACUGCAGCAGCUGCACUGCCCGUUGCAACGCGAGCUAGGCCGUCUGCCGCUGCAGCAGCAGAGCAAAGCCACUGAAAACAACGUCCCAUGCGUAUUUGUUUCUUUACCAGAAGAGGAGGCUUUAGUGAGGACCGUACGGUGCAACAGUGCCUCUUCUGGAGCAGUCACAGCUCCAUUGAGCCCAGCGGCGCCGUCGCUAGCGGCGGAUUGUGCUGCUGCAGCUACAGGAGCAGCCAGUGCAUCAGCCUCCCCUGCAGUGCAAGUAUCCUCAUUGCCCGCAGCAGCUGCCCAAGCAGCUGUGACAGCAGCAGAAGGGAGUUCAAUAAGGCAUGCAGCUGUCUUUAGGUCUCGUCUUUUUCCCUCGAAGUUCGGUCUUGUGGUGAAGGGUCGCCGACAGUCACGGCUUUUUUGUCCCCUUCCUGACAAACCAGUAAAGGUACUAUGUGGCCCCGGAGCCGAUUCAGGUUUGUUGCUCCUGGCGGGAGGACAACUACUUCAGUGGGGUCUCCGUCGUUCAGCAUCACCUUGUCCCAGUCAGCGGGCGUCUAGCCUCGCCCUUACUCAGGUGCGCGGUUGCCUGGAGGGUCGCUGCGUAGUGGAUAUAGCGCUAGGGUUUCGAUGUGCAGCUCAGGACGGCAGCAGCGCUGUGGAUGCCUUCGCUGUUUGUAGCAGCGGCGUGGUGUAUGAGUUCUCGCUUGGUUGGGUUGCCAACGAAGUUGUGAGGGGCCCGUACUUGCGGUUAAGGCCUCCUGUUCCGGAGCCCAUAGAGUUUACCCCGUUUUGUUUUGAUCUCCUUUACGGACACCCCAAUGCAAUGAAUGUGAGGCUUCCGUAUUCUGUAAAUAACUUCAAGCGCCUAGUGCAAGCUGUGCCUGAGGACGAACUGGAGACGCUGGUCUCAAUCUGUGGUGCAGACCACUGCAGCAGUGGCAAAGGCAGCAGGAAUAGCAACAAAAGCAGCAGCAGUAGCGCAUUUCGACGCUUUGUUCAGUCCUAUUGGUUGCGGGACGCGGAAGAAGAGUUACUGCAGCCUAGUACCGCAGCACCGUCACAGCGUGCUGCGUCUUCAGAGAGAGCGCAGGCGACAUUAACAAUGAAAGGACCAGCAGAGAAUUCUCUUGCGGCAGCGAGCGGGUCGAGUGUAGCUGCUGCGCUGCAGCCAAUUAAAAAGCCGGCAGCUUACGUAGGGGACUUCCCUGCAGCUUCCCUGCGAGAACAACAGCAGCAACAGCCAUCAAUUCAUGGCUCCAGAGAGGCCCAAUCGCAUGGCGAUGCGGUGCCCACUGCUGCAGCCAAUAGUGCUUGCAGCAUCAGCAUUAACAACAGCAGCAACAACAGCAGCAGCGCGUCGUCGCGCACAGCCACCGCGAGCCAGCUCAGGCUUGGGGAUACUUCUGGUGGCAUUGCUGCUUCUAGCAUGCCUGACGCACUGUUUGCGGCCUUUAUGAGGUUGCGUGAAGAGGAAAUUAAUAUUUUGUACAAUACAGCAGGUGAAACAGCAUCAGGGGGUCGCAUAUCGGGAGCAACCGCAGCAACAGAGGGACAAACGUCAGCAGCAGGAACAGGGAAUGCCACAUCAUGUGGAUCUGAAGCAACUACAGCAAUGCUGACAGCAGCAACAUCAGAUCCACUGCAGCAAGUGUGGUGCUGCGGGGGCUAUCUGAUUUUUUCAAGGGCAAGUGGGAGGCUGCUGGCAGCCUCUCGGGGAACUGUCUUUUCGGGUGUAUUGCGUCGCCGUUUGAAGGAUUUUAGCACCACCGGCAGCAUCAGCAGUACUAACAACAGCAGUGCAGAGCUUGGAACGUUUGGUGAGGCGCCCCACAGCUUGUUCGAUAUUUCAAGCCAUCACAUAAAGCAGGCCAUGGAGCUGCACAGGCAUCUGGGGCUGGGGAUUUGCCUGAGUGAGGGCCUUGCUGGGAGGGCUGUAGGGCUGCUUGGGCCUCCCCACGGCUUCUCGCCUCCCUGCGAGCCGCCGCCACAAGAUGAGCUACAGCCGUUGCUUUUGCGGCUUGCUUCUGCAACGAAGCCACCGUACUCCGUCUACUGCGGACCAGCAAGCCUGGUCCUCUCUGUCAGCGCGGUUUGUCGUACCUCCACCUCCGGCUGCAGCCCAAGCAGCAGCGGCAGCCCGAGCCCGUCUAGCAGCAACAGCGACUUUCAGCAGCUGCUGAAACUCGGAACUAGGACAACGGCGAACCCACGCAGUGUCCCUAGGUCGCCUCCUGUGGGAUAUUUAACAGCGGCGUCAAUGCGUCAUCUUACAGAGGCCAUCUGGAGCUAUUGCAGGCACGUGGCGAGGGAUGCAGCGCCAGUGCAGCAGGUGCUGCUGCAGCUUUCCAGAGAAAUGGGGGACCUCGCGCAGCAGCAUGAUGAACAGCUGUUCCGCCUUCUGCAGCAGCAACGGGAGCAGCAGGAAAGCACCUCCCUCACGGCGGCUGAUGCUCGUCACACCAUACAGCCGGGGCAGGUCCGUCUGCAGCAGAAACUGCAGGCGCAGCUUGCGUCGUUGCUGCUGUUGCUGCUAUCUCGCGUCUUCUUAGCUCAGAGGGCGGCACCCUCAAGCGACCCCGACUUGCUGGAUCUGCUACAGCAGCUCCAACAGCAAGACGACGGGGUGCCCCAGCAAGCGAAGAGGCGCCGUUGCGCAGCGCAUGCAAAAAGAGCGACACAAGCAAAAGGCGACAGACGGCCCCCUCCCGCUGAGACGCAUAAACUAAAGGAAGAGGGAAACUGA